GAAAGCCUCGAGACCUGUCAUUGGGACGGAGCCCCUGGCGCCGGCCGCUCGUCGUUUUCCAACCGGAUCAGUGCACAAUGUCUAAAAAAAUCCAUGGCGGGCCUGUUGUCGAGAUGCAGGGGGAUGAAAUGACUCGUGUUAUAUGGGACCUGAUUAAGGAAAAACUCAUAAAAAAAUUUCCCUACGUGGAUCUGGAACUCCACAGCUAUGACUUGGGCAUCGAGAACCGGGACGCAACAAACGACAAAGUCACCAUAGAAGCUGCCGAAGCCAUCAAGAAGUACAAUGUAGGAGUCAAAUGUGCCACGAUCACUCCCGACGAGAAGAGAGUAGAAGAAUUCAAGCUGAAGCAGAUGUGGAAGUCUCCAAACGGGACCAUCAGAAACAUUCUGGGCGGCACAGUGUUCCGGGAAGCCAUCAUCUGCAAAAAUAUCCCCCGGCUGGUAUCCGGAUGGGUGAAACCUAUCAUCAUUGGCCGUCACGCGUUUGGAGACCAAUAUAGAGCCACAGAUUUUGUCGUACCUGGCCCUGGAAAGGUAGAGAUGACCUACACACCAAAGGAUGGAGGAAAACCGAUAACUUACACAAUACAUAACUUUGAAAACUGUGGAGGUGUGGCUCUGGGGAUGUUCAACCUGGACCAGUCCAUCAAGGAUUUUGCUCACAGUUCCUUCCAGAUGGCACUGACCAAAAGCUGGCCUCUGUACAUGAGCACCAAAAACACUAUUUUGAAGAAAUACGAUGGCCGAUUUAAAGACAUCUUUCAGGAGAUUUAUGAAAAGGAGUACAAGUCAAAGUUUGAAGCCCAAAACAUCUGGUACGAGCAUCGGCUCAUAGACGACAUGGUGGCCCAAGCCCUGAAAUCCGAGGGAGGGUUUAUCUGGGCCUGCAAGAACUACGAUGGUGAUGUGCAGUCUGACUCGGUUGCACAAGGUUACGGUUCCCUGGGAAUGAUGACCAGCGUCCUGAUAUGUCCAGACGGCAAAACAGUGGAAGCUGAAGCUGCACACGGCACAGUGACCCGCCACUAUCGCCUGCACCAGAAGGGCCAAGAGACGUCCACCAACCCUAUUGCCUCUAUCUUUGCCUGGACCAGAGGUCUCGCUCACAGAGCUAAGUUGGAUAAAAACGCCGAGCUCCAGAACUUCGCCACCGCCCUGGAGGAAGUGUGCGUGGAGACCAUCGAGGCCGGCUCCAUGACGAAAGAUCUGGCUGCUUGCAUUAAAGGGCUCCCAAACGUGCAGCGCUCUGACUACUUGAGCACAUUUGAUUUCCUGGACAAACUUGCCGAAAACCUGAAGGCAAAGCUGACCUCUCAACCGAGACUUUAAAGAGGCGGUCUCGACGACUGCUCGAAAGUGAGUGUUGCCCGCCAGCUGAAUGAAUGAGUCCCUCAGUCGUGUGGAGUAACACUGUACGGUCUGAAGAGAAAUCAAGCUGAACAUAGAAACGUAUCCGGACUGUCUCACCAGUUAGGCUCCCAAGCGAUUUCUGAUGGAGCAACCACAACAACGGCCUCCCUGACAAAUUAAGGUGUUGGUCCGUCUGGCAGUCAAGCUCUUCCCUCCCUUCUCUGGAUUCUCCAGCAAAGCCGUCUAGUUUUUUGUUUCAUUUUUUAAAAGUGUAAGAGGUUGCUGAUUCAUGCACUGUAUCACUGUCUCCAGAUCACCCACUGAUGGACAAUACCUUUCUUGUACCUUCUAGUGAAUUUUGCCAACAGAAUCAAGUGUGACUAAAGGUGUGUGAGGGCGUGUUUAGAAGCAUCCGGAAAGAUCAG